CAAUAGUACACUCAAAUCACAAGAUAUUCAAAACAAACAUCAACUUUUUAUAACAUCAUCAAAUAUUGUACAAAAGAACCAAAAUGGCCUCUAUUCAACCCAACUUCUAUUUUCCUUACCCUCUCAACCCUCCACCUUCACCUUUCCACCCUUUUAACCCUCCACCAUCUCAUUCCUUCAAAUCUCCACCACCAUCACCACUAUCACCACCAUCUCAUUCAUUUCCUCCACCUCCUCCACACGGACACCCUCCACCACCGUCAUCUCAUCCAUUUUCCCCUCCACCACCACAAGUCCGCCCACCACCGUCUCAUCCAUUUUCCCCUCCACCACCACACGCCCACCCACCGCCGUCUCCACAUCACCCAAUUUCCCCUCCUCUACCACCACACAUCCGCGCACCCCCACCACCAUUUCCACCUUCUCCCUCUCCAUACCACCCUACCGUCAUUAUCAUUGUGAUCAUCGCAUCUGGUGGGAUUGCCUUGCUUUCAAUGCUCGCCUUUGCAUUAUUUUGCUGCAUCCAAAAGAGGAAGAAGAAAACACAAGAAACCGAUAUGGUUCACAUCGAUGAACAUAAAAAGGUUACAGAAACAAUUGUUCCUGGUCCUUUUGGAAAACCAACAGUGGUGAUUUCAGUCGAAGAUGAUGUUCAUGUUGAUGAAGUAAUCAAGAAGAAUGAAGCAGUUGGUCAUGGUUUACAUGCUGAAGCAUCUAAAGCUGAAUCAAGUCAAGACAAUGCUACUACUAGUAGUAAUGAAAGUGCAACAACUACUACUUCUCCUGGUCGUGAACAUCAUGGUAUUUAUCCAUAAAUUAAGAACAAACCUUCAUGGGGGAAGUGUUGUGUGUAUAUUCCCAAAGAGAAUUAUAUAUCCUCGUACAUGGUAUCCAAACAAAGGAUACUAUUUCACCUAAAUUGCUUUCAUGAAUAAAUAUAUAUCAUUCAUUUUUCUUUUCCAUUUUGGUUUAAUAAACCAUUCAUUUGUAAAAUCUCCUUCUAACAAAAGUAUAUUUAAUUUGAAUUUGAAUAUAUUCGAUUAUUGC